AUGGUAACUUUCACACGAGGAUUCUGUUUGCGGGAUCCUGCAUGCAUACAGAAACUGGAAACAGAAAACUGGAUCCUGCAAAACACUCAGUUCAGUGACGAGAAGCUGCACCAAAGUUCAGGAAACGUCCUGUACUCUCCGGAAUCUGAGCUUACGGACCGACUCAUGCACGAAGUCGGGGCCAAGUUGAACCUACAACGAUUGGAUCAUCUGCCAAGUAAACAAGAGAGAGGCUACUUCCCAUUUUCAAGAGAGACGUCAUUAACAAUGAUGAAGUAUACGAGGGAUAUAAUGAGCUCGAAAGACGCUAUAGUUAUAUUUGAGAAUAUGAACUCGUACCCGUGGCCGAGCACACUGAACUACACCAUUCGGAUGAAGACAUUGAAGACGGAUUACACGACCACUACAUCUUUAUUAGAACCAGAAGCGGAACCGUACGACACGUACAAACGCGGGUCGCUCCAUAUGCCCAACUUAAACACUGGCGAGAAUUAUGAUAUGCAGUCAUUCUUGCGGUUACAGUGGGCUAUAGACACCAGCUACCUCCAAUUGACCACUAGAUCCUAUGUUGACCAGACACUGGCCCUGCAAGAGUUCCCUUUCAGCGACGAAAAAUUCAGACGUACACAGAUUGCUGUGUUUGUUUUCGCCGCCGCGUUUUUGCCUUUGGUGGUUACUUUACCCAUGAUAAGCUUAACUAAACGACUUUUCGGGGAAAAGAUCAGCGGGAUCCACGUGAGUUCAUUCAAUAUUCUGUACCUAGGGGAGACCGAGGAACUACAGAAGAUAUCGGGUGUGUCAGCAGAAACGAUAGCUUUCUCUUACGUGCUCGACCUGCUCUCCGUAUUAUUGGUGAACUUGUUGGUUUACAUCCUCUACUUCAAGCUAGCCGGCUAUUUGGUCCACACAAGCUGCUUCUACCUCGCCCUAGCUAUAGCGCUGGGUUUCUUCUCCGUCCUGGCGUUCACAUUCAUCGUAUUUUACGUUCUCGAUGUCAGCACAGGUGGUAUAACGAUGUCUAACAUGUGGUCACAUCGUGACGAGAUGAGGAAGGUGUCCGUGGGGGAAGCCUACAUGGCUAUGGCAUUCCAAAUACUUCUGUUUUCUGUUAUCUCUUGGUACUUGUCUAAGGUGCGCCCGGGCAAAUUUGGCCAGCCGUGGCCCUGGAAUUUUCCGUUUAAACCAGAGUAUUGGAGUAACCAGCCACCAGCAGAGGCCGUGCAGAGAGGAGUCGAGACUAUAAACCCGAAUGACAAACAAUACUUCGAGAAGGCCCCUGACGGCCUUCCGGUAGGAAUACAGGUCAAUAAUGUCUACAAGGCGUUCGGCAAAGAGACGGUACUGCACGGAGUGAACCUGGACGUGUAUCGCGGUGAGAUCACCGUGCUGCUUGGCAACAACGGCGCCGGCAAGACCACUCUCCUCAACAUCAUCACUGGUCUCCUCAAAGCGUCGUCGGGCACCGUGCUGAUUGAGGGCAAGGACACCAUGAAACACUCGGUGGAGACCCGCAAGCUGAUCGGACUCUGCCCGCAACAUAAUAUGUUCUUCGAGUUCCUGCGUGUUCAAGAACACGUUAGGUUCUUCGCUAUGCUUAAAGGACAAUCGUGCGCAGAAUCACGCGCCUCAAGCGCCGAACUACUCGCCAAACUGCAAUUAUCUGACAAGCUGAAAGAAAAACCUACAACAUUGUCGGGCGGCAUGAAGCGGCGCGUGCAGCUGGCCUGCGCUGUUGCUGGAGGAGCCAGGGUUCUGGUGCUGGAUGAGCCGACCAGCGGGCUGGACGUGGAGACGCGCCGGGAGCUGUCCAACGUGCUCCUGGGUCUCCGUGGGCAGCACACGGUGUUGCUGACCACACACUUCAUGGAGGAGGCAGACGCGCUGGGCGACCGUAUCGCCGCGCUGCACCACGGCCGAGUGCGCUGCCACGCCUCACCCAUGUUCCUCAAACGAGCCAUCGGCACUGGUCACCGUCUCACGUUCACGACGUUGGGCGCGCCGAAUGAAGAAGCAAUCACGAGGGCCAUCACCUCCGUCGUGCCGGACGCGACCGUCCGCGACCGCCGUCCGACCGGUCUGACCUACAAUCUGCCGUCGACGGAUACGUCACGAUUCCCCAAGCUCUUUACCACACUGGAGCAAAGGCGCUCCGAACUGCAAAUCGACACCAUUGGAGUCAGUAGAAGCACUCUUGACGAGGUGUUCUUGGAGCUGUGCAGCGACGAAAAACCAACAUAUGAGGAGAAAGAAACCCCAACUAUAGAUCCGGGGCUUGAGAAGGUGACGGGUUGUAAGUUGCGUGCUCAACAGUUCGUAGCACUCUUCCAGAGGCAGUGCUACUUUGUCAAGCUUCUAAACUUUAUCAUCGUGGUUAUCAUUAUGGGGGCACUGGCCUGCUUCGUAAGCCUUGCAGCCAACAAUGAUCCCGAUGCGAAAAAGAAGCCAGACCCUGCAGUCCCUAAACCGUUGAAUCUGGAUCUGUACACCGAGCGGCCGCAGCGCCACGUGCUCGUCAAAGCGGAUGAAAGCACCCUGCAGAGUCUGAGAGCGGCCUUCGAAGGAGUGCAGUUCGAGAAGGUACUAAUAUUUGUUUCAGCCGUGUUACGCACCCGUCGGGAGAACAUGGAAGAGUAUAAAAAAUAUCUAAUGGGGAUCGAACUUAACGAUAUCAGUGCCAAGGCGCUCUACACGCCAUCGCUGCGCAACGCGGCACCAGUCGCGCUGAACGCGCUGAGCAACGCGCUCGCCGCGCGUUUGACAAGACUCGACCCGCUACGAUCGAUGGGCGCACGCACAAUCAAUGUGCGCAACCGUCCUCUGCGCGGCGCCUACGUGCCCUACGACGAAGCUGAACUACGGCAGCCUAAGAAGGACGAUAAUAUAAUGAUAUGGAGCAGUUUCACGGCUAUGAGUGAGAUUAUUUUUAAUAGAGUCGGACCACGCUUAAUUUUCAUGCCAAGGGCUACGUCAAGAAUGGAACGUAUAAGGGAUGUAGAUGUAGAUGUAGUUUACCUGAGCUCGUGCGUCCAACUGCCGUCCCUUGAGCGCGCGACAGGCACGCGGCACGCCUACGUAAUGACUGGCACCCCGCGCUGGCUACACUGGGCCGCCUUGUACGCGGGACGUGUCAGCUUUACACUAAUCAUCGUGUUAAUCAUCGUCCUGUUCACUUUUCUGUUGGAAAAGGAUCACACGUUCAACCAGCUCGGAUUCUUAGUGGCGCUGUUGGUGGUGCUGAUGCUGGGCAUCCUGGCGGUCCUGGGGCUGGUGUACUUCGUCAGCACGCUGUUCACCCUGACGACCGCCACAGCCGUGCUCUUCAUAGUCAUCGUAUUGACCACUUUCUUCACUGCUAAUGUUAAGGAGUCCGAAAAGUUUUUUCAUACGAUUAUGUAUAUUCCUUACGUUCUGUUCCCGCCGCACGCCCUCACGGUCGGGCUGAUUAAGUCGGCGAACGUGGCACAAGUGAACAGCCACUGCAACUUGAACAGAGGCAGGUGCCCCGAACUGACUGGGCCCGGGCCGUUUAAAGCGGAGACAUGCUGCGGGUCACCUUCGGGUUCGGAGCCAUGGAGCUAUUGGUCUAUUAGCGACGCGGCCGGCGUCCCGAUGCUCGUCCUCGUCUUCCAAGCAGUCGCGUACUUCAUCCUGACAUACCUUUCGGAUAGCGGCACACUGGAGCGACUGACGUCCUCGGCGGCUGCUCCGCCGGAGCUACGCUUUAACGAUGCCGCGGUCCAGGCUGAAGCCCACUACGUCGAGGAUACCAUUAAACUGCCUAAUAAUCAGAUACCAGACGCUGUCUUGGGCUACAAAAUUCAGAAGAGGUACUCAAAAUGCUGUAAGAAGCCAUAUCAAGCCGUCAAGAGUGUCAGCUUUUCUGUCAAGAAAGGAGAGUGCUUCGGCCUGCUUGGAGUGAACGGGGCCGGCAAAAGCACGACGUUCAAACUGCUGACGAGCGAGACAGCUGCUACGGGAGGCCAAAUCUUCGCCAACGGGUACCGUUCUACUGAGCGCAGCAAAUACAUGCCCACAUUAAGUUACUGCCCGCAAUUCGACGGGGUAGAUGGCUUCCUGACGGGUCGUCAGAACCUGACCCUGCUGCUGAAGCUACGUGGUCUGAAAGCUCCCGAUGCGGCUGCCCUAGCCACUGCCUGGAUCAAAGAAGUCGAUCUGCUUCAGCACGCGGACAAACCCGUGUCAUCAUACAGCGGCGGAAUGGCGCGGCGCCUGACGGCGGCGGCGGCAUUCUGUCAGCCCGCGAAGACCGCCAUUCUUGACGAGCCCACAGCCGGCGUGGACCCGGUCGCGCGCCAUCACAUGCACCAGGCGCUCAUGAGCAUCAGGAGACAGAAAUCUAUCAUUAUCGCCUCACACAGUCUGGACGAGAUGGAGACACUGUGCCACCGCAUCGCCAUCAUGUCUGGCGGCGAGCUGCGAGCGCUGGGCUCGGCGGCCGCGCUCAAGAUACAACAUGCUCAAGGCUACACCGUUGUCUUCAAACUGGCCACCGAGAAGGGUGAGGGACUGAGGGACAUCGUCAUUAAGCAAAAUUUUAAAAGUGUUAAAGAUGAUGUCCUGCUGAACGAGUUUAAGGAACGGCUGAAUAACCGCUUCGACUGCCAGCUCAAGGACCAACACCGGAACAUGCUGAGCUACCACGUAAAAACCUCGGUCGGCUACAGCACCCUGUUCGCUCUAUUAGAGGAGCAGCGAGCACAGUUCCCGGAAUUAGUGGAAGACUACACUGUCUCGGACACCACGCUUGAGGAGGUGUUCCUCGUGCUGGCUAGAGAGGCUAAAGAGGCCCAGCAACCCCCGCCCACUGUCUAAAACGUAUCACAA